UCGAAACUUCUUUUCAAGACUUCUUUCUCCAUUUGUUUGAUUUGGAUUUUUGUUCUUGUUGUUGUUUCUUCUUCUUCUUAAAAUGACUAAACUAUGGACUUCUCUCUCUGCUCUUCACUCUCUCGCUGGACCCGUGGUGAUGCUGCUUUAUCCAUUAUAUGCGUCGGUGAUUGCAAUAGAGAGCCCAUCAAAAGUGGAUGACGAUCAGUGGCUAGCUUAUUGGAUUCUCUACUCUUUCCUUACUCUUACGGAACUCAUCCUUCAAUCUCUCCUUGAGUGGAUACCGAUAUGGUACACGGCGAAGCUAGUGUUCGUGGCAUGGUUGGUUCUGCCACAGUUUAGAGGGGCUGCUUUCAUUUACAACAGAGUCGUCAGGGAACAGUUCAAGAAGUAUGGCAUCCUCAAACAUAAGGUAGGGCAUCAGGCUGAGUGAGUCAAAAAGAGGAAGGGACACAAAGCGACUUCACCGUUUGGUGCCUCCAUGUUUCUAACCUUUUAUGCUUUUUUUCUUUCUUUCUUUUGUCUUAUUUCUCUUUUGGUUUACGGAAAAAUGGGUUCAGACUUCAGACGCUGACGAUAUGAUUACUUAUGAGCUUAUUUUCUGAUUGAAUGUACGUGAAAAGACCUUUCAUCUCA